UGCCGGCAGCGUUUCUGGGGCCUUUCUGAGCAUGCACGGCUGCUGGCGCAUGUGCGGCCGAGGCAAAGGCUGCAGACGCCAACGGGGCCCUGCUCCUCCUCGGCUGCGUUUGUAAGGGCAGGCUGGGGACCGAGCGCUCCGGCUUCCUCAGCCACCAUGGAGCAGCUCGGGAAGCGGUCCGGGCCGGCGGCUCGGCUGGACGCCAUCCUCCGGCACCUCUCCCCGCGGCUGGGAGCAGCCCCUGCUCCCAUGAGCGUUCCUACUUCAGCCCAAGUUAGUGCUGUUCCUCAACCAGGGCGGUUUCGCUACACCCUGGACAACGACGUCCUCACCACAGAACAAAGGCAGUUCUAUGAAGACAAUGGGUAUCUGCUCAUUAAGAAGCUCGUUUCUGAUGAAGACAUUGAGCGCUUCAGGAAGGAGUUUGUGCGGAUCUGUAGAAGAGAGGUGAAUCCACCGGGAGCUAUGAUUAUGAAAGACGAGUCCCUGCGAUCCCAGUAUGGUCAGUCUGAAAAAGUAGUUAAUAAAGUGCAGGACUUCCAGGAAGACAAAGAGUUGUUCCGAUACUGUACACUACCAGAGGUCCUCAAAUAUGUCGAGUGCUUCACAGGGCCAAACAUCAUGGCAAUGCACACCAUGCUGAUAAAUAAACUUCCAGAUUCCGAUACGCAGACUUUUCUCCACCCCAUGCAUCAGGACUUGCACUAUUUCCCCUUCCGGCCUGCGGCCCGCAUCGUCUGCUCCUGGACCGCCAUGGAGAGAGCCGACCAGGACAACGGGUGCCUGGUCGUGCAGCCAGGGACACACAAGCAGCCCCUGAAACCUCACGGCUACCCAGAGUGGGAGGGUAAAACCAACAAACUCUUCCAUGGCCUGCUUGAUGAGGAUGAGAAGCUUCCCAAGGUUCACCUUGUCAUGGAGAAGGGGGACACGGUGUUCUUCCAUCCCCUGCUCAUUCAUGGCUCUGGGAUAAACAAGACAUCAGGGUUCCGAAAGAGCAUAAGCUGUCACUUCGCCAGCUCAGAGUGCUACUACAUUGACGUCAAGAACACGAGCCAAGAGCACCUGGAGAAAGAACUGGUAGAAAUGGUUCGCAAGAAAUACAACGCGACUUCUGUGGAACUCAGGGAUAUUUGGAACUUCCGCGCACGGCUUGUGCAAGGGGAAAGGAUUAACCUGUAGAACAACCUCUGAAGAACAGGGUGGAAAACACGUGCCUGAGAAUGUGCUUCUCUGACCGGGGAGUGCAGACCCUGCCUCGGCAGCCAGAAUCAUGUGUCUUUGUUGACCUCUGCAUUGGUAACUUACACAAAUGCUGCAUCCCAAAAUCAUUUUAUGCUGAUACGAAAUAAUUGCACUGAGGUUGAAUAGCUGAUGUACGUCAAAGAAAACCUAGCCUAGGAAAACCGAGAUUUGCUGUGGUUAUCUUAGACGAUUGAAGAAUUAAGGUCUUGAAAGAACACCUUGAUUUUCUUGAUGUUUUCCCUCUUGUUUUUUAAAAGUUUCUGACAUGACGUACCUUUGGAAUGAUGCUAUACUAACAUAAGAUUUUGUGCAAGAAUUUAUGCAAGGGUGUGUUUUUUAACAUUUCCAACUUCAAACUUUUCUAUGUAAAAGACAUGGAAUGAAUCGGAGUUUCAUGCAAGCCCUCAGUAUGAGCUCACAUGGGAAGUUAUUAGUGCAGCUGAUGAAGAUGAGGGUAUUGGUACCAGCAGAAUCAACAGUGUGAAGAACUGGAUGAGGUGGAAGCAGUAGCUGCUCACAUAGGAAAAGGGGAUUGAUGGGCUGGAACAUGAUCGCUAGUAGAAGUUCCUCAAACAUGACCUGCCGUGGCUUCCUAUCUUAUGAGCAGUGCUGGCACAAGGGAAAUACGUGGCUGACGGUGUUGGAAGCUACUGGGCCAGCAAACCAGCCUCCCGUUGGCCUUGCACGACCGAGCCAAGGCUGUGUGAUAUGAGGGAAGUCCUCCUUCGAGUUUGGUGGGCCUGGGAAAAGGUGCCAGGGCAGGGAGGUGGUUGGAUGCUCCCCAGGAUGCGCUGGUGACAGGGUGGAACGUCGUGCACUGAAAUGGCCCUCUUGCCUUUCGCAAUGUCUUUCCUUGCUUUCUGAAAGAUUCCUUUGUUUUCAGAAUCUAUUUUUUCGAAAUACAGAUUUAAUCAGAGCAAAAGUGCA